AUGGGAACGACGCUCGAGAGUUACCAGAAAGCGCUGCUGAGUAAUGUGGUAUAUCUAGAUGAGGAGGCGUAUGGGAAGGGGGUUAAAGUGGCGGGGCGUGGGCGGGCAGUUCAGGAGAGGCGGAUUCGAUGGCUUGAGCGAGAACUAGACGCGUCCAUCGAGGCGGCCGCGCGCUCGCGGGAGGAGAAGCGCGCUGCGGAGGUGGCGCAGCGGGCUGCAGAGGCGCGGGUGAAGGAGUUCCUGGAGGAGCCGGAAAACACGACGAGGGUGUUCAAGCUCCACGCGGAAGACCUGCAGCUGAAGGAAGCGCAGCUGAAAAAGAAGGACGACGAGAUUCGGGUGCUGCAGGUGAUCAUAAGCACCAUGAGCAAUUCUCCGAAACAGAAACAAUCAAGAGUUGGCGUGCAUCCGAAUCUGUAAAUGAAAACUGAUAUGCUCUGGGGGAUGAGUGGUCCUUGUCAGCGGAAUGUGCGAUGUCGUCCGCGCGUUUUGCUGACGUGGCCCGUUGUAGAGAUUCGCACGUUCAUUGCGUGAAGCUCGCUCGUAAUGAUGGGAGGAAGCGGAGAGGAAGCGGUCUCCAUGCUCUUAAACAAUGUGAACAUAGACGUACGUUUUGAUCAAUCAGCUUUGCAAUAUCUAUGGGCGCCUCCCGAUCAGCUGAUUGUCAAACUUAAGCCUGAAGUGAAAGAGACUCCGUUCGCCAAGCGCACCAAGGAGCUAGAGAAAAUGCAGUGCUCUAGCUGCUUCGAGCAUACCC